AAGAAACGUCACGAGGACGCCAUGCAAAAGGGAUAACGGACCGUGCUUGUUAAGCGGAGCUGCGUUUUAGGAAACACAAUCCAAUCUCGGUUAAUAAUUACAAUGACGGAGACCGGCGAAGCAGAACAGGAAGCGGUCGUCAAGAAACUGGCGUACAGCUUCCCGAUCGUCAGGCACACCGACAUGCCCGAUGAAAUGAAGGAGGAGGCCAUCGCGCUAUGUGUAUCGGCGUUUGAGAAGUUUGACAACAACAACGAGAACGCUGCCAAGUUGGUCAAAGACUCCAUGGACAAGAGGUUCGGCACUGCGUGGCACGUGGUGAUCGGCGAAGGUUUCGGCUUCGGCGUCACGCACGAGGCCAAGCAUCUGUUGUACAUGUUUUACGGGGGAAGCUUGGCAGUUUGUAUUUGGAAGUGCUGCUAGCAGCCGCAAGAUUCCCGAUCAACCGUCAUCUCAAGAUUUUAACCACAGCCAAUUUUGUUGGAAUGUGACAACGAAGACAACUUCCUUGUUUAUUGCAGAGCUGCUUCUUCACGGCGGAUUUUGUUGUGUUCCCUCAUUAGCGCCCUCAGAAGGAGCAAAACCCCCAAGAUUUGAAAGUGCAUGGAAUCAGUACAUUGUCUCUUUACAACAAAUACUCUACUAAUUUAACAUACCAUUUGUUAAAUGGAAAAUCAUGUUUAACAUGAGCACAAUUGUCUCAAUAAAAGAAUGCCUAUUAUUGAAAAUAUUAAGUAUUUGUUUAUAUCAGUGUAAUAACUGAGCUU